UUUUUUUAAUUUGGUUAAUUUAAAUGUCAUGGGUUCUAAUAAAUUUAAUAGAAAAAAAAUUGAAAGUGCAGUAAAAUUAAAAACAGGAUGGAUGAAAGUAUUUAAAAAUUCUGAUAAAUAUAAUUUUAAAUAUUUAUAUGAAGGUGAAUUAUUAAAAGGACGAGCAAAUGGUUUUGGAGUAUUGCUAAGAAUUUAUGAAGAUGAUAAUAUUUUUAAAGAAUACAUUGGUAAUUGGGUUAAUGGAAAAAAACAAGGAUUUGGUGGUUUAUGGUUUACAGAUGGUGGUUAUUAUGAGGGAAAUUUUUGUCAAGGUAAAAGACAUGGUUUUGGAAGAAUGUGGUGUCAUGAUGGUAAAUUUUAUCAAGGAACAUGGUUAAAUGGAUUUUAUCAUGGUACUGGAAUGUUAAUUCAAGCAAAUGGAAAUAGAUAUGAAGGAGAAUUCAUACAAGGAAAAAAACAUGGUAAUGGAAUAUUUUAUCAUUUUAUAACUGGACAAAUGCAAGAGGGUAAUUGGACAAAUGACAUUUGUAAAAAUGGAAUAAUAACAGACAUGAAUUAUCGUGAUAAUUCACCAAAACCAACAAUAUAUCUUAUUCCAAAAUUAGGUAAAUAUAUAUCUCAAGAUAACUAUAAUAAUAACUUGACUAACCCUGAUUAAAUAUAAUAUAAAUAUUGACAUACAUGUUGGCAAAAGUCUUAGACAACGAAAAAAAAAAAAAAAAUGAAACAAAAUAAAUAA